GAGUAAAGAAGUGGACUACCAAUCCCACAGAGCGGACACAACGGCUCUGAGGUGUCCUUUCCAAGGAGACAACUCAAAUACCAGAGCAGAACAAGUUGCCCCUCCAUUCUUUUACUGAUGAACAGACUUUUUAUAAAUAGAAAAACUCCUUGAUGUUUUACGUACAACAAAUUUUUCAGUUUUUCUGUCUGAAGUGUGGAUGAAGAUCAUGAGGAACUCUACAUUUCUACCUCUGACCCUUCUCCUCAUAGUCUCUACUUUACAUAACCUUACAUCUGCCAUUUCAGCGUCAGAAUAUAACUACGGCGCCCACCCCCGCUUUGUGUGCACCCCACUCCCCACGGAUGCAGACCCGUCCUGCUUCUCUACGGCAGGUCCUGGAGCCGGGUCAGCAGGGCAUGGUGGACCAAGCCAGCAAACCGCUCCGCCCAGCAGCUGGCUGGGAGUGAGCGAAGAGGCCAAAACCACCAUCCUCCACCUCAGGGAGAGUCUGGUCCAACAGAAGGAGAUCAUCUUGAACCAGAGGGAGACCAUCAGAGAGCUGACGGCCAAGCUCACCCUGUGCGAGGGCGUCGGACGGGGUGUGUCGUUCCAUGACGAGCACCACAGGAUGACCUUACAUCACAGAACCCAUCAACACAACUACGCUGACAGCGAGCACUAUGGCAACCAGCAGGGUCACCAUAGAAAUGGCAACCUCAUACCGGACUCACCGCCCCAUCCGUCUUCUGCGGGGGAGCAACGGUUGGAUGGAGUGAAGGACAAACAUGUGGCAUCAGAGGACAGCACAUCAUCAGCGCAGCAGAUGGAGAGGAUGCUGCAGGCACUGAAGGAGAGGCUGAACAACCUGCAGAGGAGGAACACGUCCUCCACAUACUCCAGCUCGCUGAAGGAGCUGCUGCAGAGGAAGAUCAGCACGCUGGAGGAGCAGCUGCACCGCCACACCGCCGCCCUCAGCAGCCCGGACCACCACGACACCACCCUCAGCCUGGACCGCCAUGACAGCGGGUCCUCUCGGGGAGACAAAGGAGCCAAGACGGGCUACAACAAAGACGACCGCAACGACAAAGUUCGAGUUGGUGGUGGCAAAAAUUCAGAAAGCUAUAGAGAUGAAGAUGAUCAGGAUGCUGAUGGUGACCGUGACGAUGAUGAGGAUGAUAGUGAUGAGAGUGAUGAUGAGGAUGAUGAUGAUGAUGACGACGACGAUAGCGAUGAUGACGAUGGCGAUGAUGAGAGGGAAGACGAAGAUGACGAUGAUGAUGAGAGGGAAGACGAUGAUGACGAUGAUGAUGAGGAGAGGGAAGAUGAUGAUGAUGAUGAUGAUGAAGACCGCAGUAAUAAUGAAGCAGAGCGACACAGUUACCUUCCACACACGUACAGAACUGGUUUCCACUCAAAUAAACUGGAAACGAUGCUCCACCAGCUGCACCUCAAAGGAUCCAACAGGAAGAAGUUCCAGAACCUCGAUGCCUUCCAGAUCAGCUUCCCGAUGAGAACCGACUACAUGUACGGACGGAUGAAGAAGACUCUGAUGCAGGAGAUCUUCUCUCUGACUUUGUGUCUUUGGUUGAAGGCGGGCCUGGCGGGGCCCGGACUGGGAACACCUUUCUCUUACUCCGCACCAGGACAGGCCAACGAACUGGUGCUCAUAGAGUGGGGGGACAACCCCAUGGAGCUCCUGAUCGAUGACAAGGCGGCGACUUUGCCCUUGUCUCUGAAUGAUGGGAAGUGGCAUCACGUCUGUGUGACGUGGACGACGAGGGACGGACAGUGGGAGGCCUACCAGGAUGGAGUCCAGAGAGGCUCUGGGAUGAACCUCUCACCCUGGAGCUCCAUCAAACCUGGAGGAGUCUUCAUCCUGGGACAGGAACAGGACACUCUGGGAGGCCGUUUUGAUACCGCUCAGUCAUAUGUUGGCGAGAUGUCAGACCUGAACAUGUGGUCCCACGUCCUGAGCUCCAGUGACAUCUACAGCCUGGCCUCCUGCAGCAGCCACCUCCGAGGAGACAUCAUCACCUGGUCCGAGACAGAGGUGGAGCUACAUGGAGGUGUUGCCAGACACCCGUUUAAUCUUUGCCACUGAAGGGUCUCACCCUGAAGAGAAGAAGAAAAAGAAAAAACACUUAGAGAUAUCAAAAGACUGAAAAAACAGCAAAGAUUUUAAAGAAUCUGAGUGGAUGCCUUCCUUUAAUCUGACUUUUCUAAGUAACAACGAUAAAAUGGUAGAUUUGUAUUCUGAUAAAUCUGUAUUAACAGAUAAUCUGCAGGAUCCUAGAGGGUUAAAGGCCAUUCUCUAUUGUAACUAUGAGUUAGUGUUUGAUUUGAAAUGAACAAGUGCUGAUUGUGACAUAUUGUCAUAUUGUUUAUAAGGUGUAAAGGGAUGCUUCUUUUUGUCUCCAUUUAGCUUUGAAUUGGUUAAUACUUAUGAGAUGUCAGUAUCUUACCUGCAGCAGACAGCAGUUAGAGAUAUUUCAGUUUAGAAAUUCAGGAAGACAUGCUUAUGAGUCAAGCUAUAGCUGCUAAUCUGAUCAGACUUUUUCACAAACACAAAUCUAAAUCACCAUAAAUCCAACUUCUUAGCCCAUUUUUUUAUGGCCUAUCCACUGUUUUUUGCAGUUGUUUACAUUAUUAUUUAUUCUCCACUAUUAUCUAUAUUCAACCAAACAACGUCCACGUCAUUAUCAAUCAAUCAACCU